CCUUCCCACCUCCUCGCAGUAAACGCUACAACUGGCAGGUAGAGCUGCAGUCCGGCCAAGCACAGAGCUGUCAGGAAAUCACGGAGAGAACGAACGACCAGGCAGAGUUUCACUGUCAAGCAGCGCACCCAGGACCUCCGCAAUGAGUUACUACAUGGAUCCUCUUUCUGUCUACCCUGUCCCUCACCCCUCUGACCGUCUGGACCUGACGAGACAGAGUGGCAGCAUGGACAUUGCUCCACAGAGCUCCAUGCUUAGCACCUGUCAAGCACAGCACCACUACCCACCACGACCCGUCUAUCCACAAGAGGUGACCCUGCAGGAAGUGCCCAACGGACCGGAGUUCUGCCCAUCAGAUCUGGAAUGUGGUGAUGUCCCUCUGCUGACACCUGGCAGCAAAGAGAUGAUGUCACAGGCUCUGAUGGCCACAUUCAGUGGCUUCACAAAGGAGCAGCUGAGACUAGGAAUUCCAAAAGACCCUAGGCAGUGGACGGAGAACCACGUGGGGGACUGGCUGAGAUGGAUGGUGAAUGAGUUCACCCUGAAGAACGUGGACUUCCGCAAGUUCUGCAUGAACGGUGCCAGCCUCUGCGGCCUGGGGAAGGAGUGCUUUCUGGACCUGGCCCCCGACUUCGUGGGCGACAUCCUCUGGGAGCAUCUGGAGAUGCUGCAGAAAGACACAAAACAUUUUCCUGUCAAUGGCCUGACCUCCUCCUUCCAGGACUCCCGCUAUACCUCAGAUUACUUUGUCGGCUAUGGCAUUGAGCAUGCCCAGUGUGUGCCUCCAUCGGAAUAUACAGAGCCGGGUUUCAUCACAGAAUCCUACCAGACCCUGCACCCCAUCAGCUCAGAGGACCUGCUUUCACUCAAGUACGAGAAUGACUACCCCAACGUCAUCCUGCGGGAUGCCCCUCUGAACGCCCUCCAGGGUGACUACUUCUCUAUCAAGCAGGAGGUCACCUCCCCCGACAACAUGUGCUUGGGGCGCAUCAGCAGAGGGAAACUGGGAGGCCAGGACUCCUUCGAGAGCAUCGAGAGCUUUGAGAGCUGCGAUAGGCUGACGCAGUCCUGGAGCAGCCAGUCGUCGUUCAGCAGCCUGCAGCGCGUGCCGUCGUACGACAGCUUUGACUCCGAGGACUACCCCAGCGCCCUGCCUGGUCACAAGCCCAAGGGCACCUUCAAAGACUACGUGAGGGAGCGGUCCGACCUCAACAAAGACAAGCCCGUCAUCCCUGCUGCCGCACUCGCUGGCUACACAGGCAGUGGGCCCAUUCAGCUGUGGCAGUUUCUCCUCGAGCUCCUGACAGACAAGUCCUGCCAGGCCUUCAUCAGCUGGACGGGAGACGGCUGGGAAUUCAAGCUGUCCGAUCCAGAUGAGGUGGCACGGAGGUGGGGCAAGAGGAAAAACAAGCCCAAGAUGAACUACGAGAAGCUGAGCCGCGGCCUGCGCUAUUACUACGACAAGAACAUCAUCCACAAGACCUCGGGCAAGCGCUAUGUCUACCGCUUCGUCUGUGACUUGAAAAGCCUGCUGGGCUACACCCCCGAAGAGCUGCACGCCAUGCUGGACGUUACACCCGACAGGGACGAGUGAAUGCCUGGUGGGCGAGGUUUUGCAGAGAAAGGGGAGGAGCCAUGGAGGAGCCCAGGGAUCUGAAGGACUUUCUUUCCAUACUGGUGGGUGUGGUCAGGACCAAAACGGGAUCUUUUUUUAGCACGUUAGCUUUGGUUCCUUUUUCCUUUUUUGUUGUUGUUGAUGUUGUUUUUUUUUGCCAUUUGAGCUCCUCACAGUGCAUAGUGUGAUUCCGGCACCAGGUUUCUGCGCUGCCUCAAAGACAUUAUCAACAAAAUGUACUCAUACACACAAUGACAGACGUACACAUUACAGAUAUAUAAAUAUUUAAACAUAUGCGUACGUAAUUACGUUGAAGCUCAAGGUAAAUGGAAAGCUAUCCAUUGAAAGUUUUGUUCAUCUAAGUAGCACAAGCAACUGACACAGAAGUGGACCAGAAGCGAGCAAAGAUUCUGGAAUGAAGGGAACAAACAUGGACUGUGAGUUCCUGCUAUGAUACUGUUGCCAAAAUGAAAAAAAAAAUAACUAUAUAGAAAUAUAUGAUAUUUACUUAGUUACUGUUGCUCUGCCUUUCUGCACACAUAAUGCAUGGACAGAGUUCUCAGUAAGGACCAAAAACAAGAAGAUUGUUAUUUUAUAUUAUUUUAAAUAGGUUUGUGCCAGUAUUAUUGUCCUUAAAGGGAUAUUUCACUUUGGAAUUAUUUUGCGGACCUUCCCCAAUGUAUUUUCAUUGCAAAUACAAUGGGGUGAGCUUCACAAAAUUAAUUGUCAUAGACCAAAGUGAAAUAUCCCUUUAAAACUUCCUGUAAGAGAAUUCUAUGUUGUACAAGUUAAGUACUUUAGCUCAACAGACUUUUGGACUUAUGUAACUAGGAAACCAUCUAAUUGUGAAUGCCUACUGCCUGCAAUGUUUCCACAUGUCAGUCAAGUAUUUUUUUUUGUAGGAAAAUUUGAAAACUGAUAGUACUGAUCUGGUUCUGAGAUGACACUGGAGACAAGGGGGGUAAUUUUACUCAUUACCGUAGACAUCAAAAACUGUGCUUGCUCAUUUUGCCAGUGGCUGGCUUGCACAACUGAAAGUGACCGUUGCCUUUCAACUGCUACUGUGACUCCACAGUCAACCACAAAUGCAUCCUCGCUACUACAAGAACACCUAUACAGGUUUCUGUACCAUCUGACACAUUUCCAUUUUCUAUCAGUCCUGUCGGCAUCAGGACAACUACAAAGCACAGGGAUUAAAAGUUUAUUACAGGGGUAAACUGUUAAGAUCACAGGUUUCGUGUGCUGCAAAAUCUCCACUCCUUCUUUAAGUUCUCUUAGAAUAGCAGGGAAGAUAUCGGAGAAAUUGCGUUUUGGGAAUGCAUGGCAUUGCUGCCUCUCUGGCAUGCCCAAGAUUAAACUUCUGUCGAUUUUCCAGGAAGCUCUUAUGAAGAUGGAUCUUAAUUGAAUUGUGAGGCAAUAUUCCUGAGGUAUUGUUACAGAUAAGGAGCCUGAGAAGGUUAGUUGACUAUGCUGUAAUACUGUUCCAUGAGGGGAGUGAAAUGGCGUCAGUAAAGUGGAUGAUCUUCCAUCAACUUGGGCUGUGCUAAGAUGCAGAGUCUAGCCGUAGAAGACGUUUGUAAAGUAAAAGUGUUACUCCAGAAAGAGGGGGAGGACUUGGUAAAAAUACAAAGGAAAAUGUAAGAAAGGUUUGAGUCAAGGAAGCCUAUAUUCUGGAAAAGUAUAGACGUGAGUUGUCUAAGAAAGGUCUGCUGGCAAACAAAGAGGUUUCUUUUGCAUUGAGUAUUGCCGGCUGAUGGGAAAAGGCCACUUUGAAAAAAUACAGGGGCAACUGAUGUAGCAUUUGCAUUAGCAUUAGUGAACUGUAUGGAUGCAUUUUUUGUAUUGUUUUGUACAGAGAGCUUUGAAAACCACUGAAAUAAGUUGUUUCUGUAAUGGUGUCUUGUACAUCACUGAUGCAGGUUGAUGGGGAGCUAAGUACUCUCUGAUUUCCGGCCUAUGUACCACAUGGACUUGCUGUACACAAGUCUGAAAAUAUGAAGGAACUCAUUCAAAUUGCUCAUAAGUAGCUGUAGCGCUGUUGGCAUGAGCACGGCCAGCCAUUACUGAACUCCAGGUCAUGAAUAAGUAAAACACCGUUGUAUCACUGCUGCCUUCUGUGGGAAGAUUACUGCAUGUAGGCCUUUAGGGGGAAAAGAAAACUGGUAUAGAAAUCUUAAAAUACAAAUGUUAUUGUUUACAAUGGCUGAAUGUUACCCAUCCUGAUUAUAAAUAGUGUUACAGCUGUCUAUUUGUACAGAUUGUAUUUCAUAUGUUAUUAAGAGACCUCAAUUAAACAAACAAGCUAAGACAAAGUACUAAUAAUAACCAAAACAUGUGAGGUCUCGGGUAAGAGAGUUGGGCUGGGCUCAUCAAUGAUGUUUGAAGACAGCGACCAUAAAUCCUCUGCAUUAACUGUAUUAUUAUUGCUUCAGUUUGACUUGAUCCAUGCCGCAGAGCUUUAGGUAUGGAUUUGAUGAAAAGCUCUGACCGUUUUGGUGGGACUACUUUUUUUUUCUCAGAUUACUGGACAGUUUCUAUGCUUUUACUCUUAUCCUUGCCCUGGGAAAGAGAUGCAGCUUCUGUCCACACUCACAAUCUCUGUCCUGGACAUACACAAUCUCAUGACUGUCUUGGCUACUUUCUGUUGGGAAUAUUUUUGUGAAAAUUGGAUUGCCACGUCUGUCAAAAUUUACACAUCACCUGCAUAUCUCGCUAUUAUGCAGGCAAAAAGCAAGAAAUCAGGUUAUCAUACAGUAGCCUCUAUUUUUCUGUUACUCCAAAGAAUGUUUUAUAUAGUUGCAUCAAUGAUCAAUUUGUUUGCGUGUGUGAAACAAAGGUUACAGCUAUUGUAAAGGUUUUUUUAAAAUGCCACCCACAGUGUUAAUUAGAAUCAAACAUCUUUUGUGUCGAUUGCAAGAAGCAUAAAUUACAGGAAGCGGUUACACAUUUGGAUCAGUAAAAUUGUUCUGCACACCCGGACUGUUGUAUAAUUUACAUAAACCAUAGUAUUAUGUGAAUCUUUCUCCACGGAUUUUACUUUUCAACAUUAUUUUGGAAAAUACAUCCAUACAUGGUAUUUUGAUGCAUACCAGAGUAUUCAAAUGCAUACCAGAAUAUUGUGUAAGGAAACCAUUUUUGUUACUGUUGUUGUUGCUUUGUAUAUUUUAUAGUGUUUAUGUAUUUUUAUGUUAAUGAAAUCUUUUAUGUAUUUGUUUCACAAACAUUUGAAUAUUUUUCAAAUAAUUUAUAUUUUAUAAACUUUGAAAUACAAGAAGCAGACAGCUGGUGCUUUCAUGGGAAAUAAUGGUAGUGCAGGAGAAAAAAUAAAAUAUGUAGCGAUUUUACUUUUUUUAUACAAAGAAAAAAAAUGAACAAACAAUGAAAAAAAAACCUGUCUGCGUAAACAGUUGUGUAGAAAAUUAAAGGCUGAUGCUGGCCCAUCAUUGAUUUCUGCUGGGAAGUUUUAUAAACUGCAGCUUCUAUUCUUAUUGUACUUCAAAUUGUUAUGUUACAAAAUAUAUGUGAAAAAAAAUAUUUCGUAAUCUC